AUGGACAGGGACCUGAGUGAAGAUGCCAGUGUGGUGGACCUCAGUUUCGAGGCUGAGAGUCCUCUGGCGCCCCCUGCUGAGCUCCUGGAGGGACUGUCCAGCUAUGAUUGGCUUCUUCAAGGAGGAAGACAGCAGAUAUUUUUCCCACCUUUGGAGGCCCCAGGGAGAUCCCAGGAACAAAGACCCUGGUCCUCAGUCCUGGAACAUGGGGUCCCCAUGGUGACAGAGGAGGUGGCCCGUGAAGCCCUCUUCAGCUUCGUGGAUUCCAAAUGCUGCUAUGGUAGCACAGCUGUUGGUGACCUUACCAUCCAAGAGCUGAAGCAGCAGACAGUCUGCAGGUAUCGACUGGAGACCUUUAGCGAAUCCAGGAUAAGUGAGUGGACAUUUGCACCCUUUACUAACCAUUCAGUAGAUGGACCACAAAGAGGAGCAUCUCCCAGGCUUUGGGACAUCAAGGUACAGGUACCUCCGAUGUUUCAGGAAGACACGAAGAAGUUCCAAGUUCCUCACUCUUCAUUGGUGAAGGAAUGUCACAAAUGCCAUGGGCGUGGACGAUACAAAUGCAGCGGCUGCCACGGGGCAGGCAUGAUGAGGUGUUCAUCCUGCAGUGGAGCCAAGCGCAAAGCUAAGCAGCCACGGAGGUGCCAGGUGUGUUCCGGCUCUGGCAGGAAGAGGUGUAGCACGUGCUCUGGCAGGGGGAAUAAGACCUGUGCCACCUGCAAAGGGGAGAAGAAGCUAGUGCACUUCAUCCAGCUCGUCAUCAUGUGGAAGAAUAGCCUGUUUGAGUUUGUGUCUGAGCAUCAGCUGAACUGUCCUGGGGAACUGCUUGCUAAGGCCAAAGGAGAAAACCUCUUCAAGGAUGAAAACACAAUGGUGUACCCCCUCGUGGACUUCCCCCUUCAGGAGAUCUCUCUGGCCUCACAGAGGGGCAUCGCCGAGCACAGUGCCACGCUGGCCUCCCGUGCCCGCAUUCUGCAGCAGCGGCAGACCAUCGAGCUGAUCCCUCUCACAGAAGUUCGUUACUGGUAUCAAGGAAAGCCUUACAUCUACUACAUCUAUGGGACCGACCACAAGGUCUACAUGGUAGACUACCCUGAGCGGUACUGCUGUGGCUGCACCAUUAUCUAA